AUAAAACUUCCUUUUUCAGUUUUCCGGGCUCUGAAUUUAUCUCACAAUACAUGUUGACAUGGAUCCCACUUCUUGCUCUAUUCUUCCCGAAGGCAAGGACUACCACAUAUUCCUCUGUUACAACAUCGCCGACGAGGAGUUUGUGGAUGCGUUGAUCGAGUAUCUGGAGUCUCCUGAGAUUGGACUGAAAUGUGUAGAUCAUAGGAGGGACUUUCAUGCAGGAAAGCAAGUAAUUACGAAUAUACAGGACUUUAUUGCCAGGUCUUGGAAAUGUGCGCUCAUCAUGACUCCAGCCUUCGUGACAAGUGGGUGGUGUGCAUUCGAGACGGACAUAAUGGUCAACAUGUCUCUUGAGGAAAAGCGAGAAAGCGUCAUCCCAGUUUUGCUGAAACCUUGCAAAAUACCUCAAGCCGUGGGGAUCUUGACAUACAUCGACGUGAGUCAGUCCCCAAGAUGGAGGGAACGACUUGUAGAUGCCAUCAGACGAACAGAAAUGCACCCUUCGUGGGCGAUACUCCCUCAGGAAAGAGGGAUCAACAUCCGCAGCAUUAUCAGAUGUACUUAUUUCCUGUAUGAUGGCAAGACAGUAUGUGAGUACUGCUGUCUUCUGUCUGAUGGAGGUCUGUCUAACCAGCCACCAUCCCAACCUCAUCAUCAAUCAGACAUGAGACUCAAGACCUACAGGGGUGUUGUGGGGUCACGGACGCUGAUAGCAGGGGCGUGUACUACUGGGAGAACAAGCUGGAGGUCGACCUGGAGAAGGAACUGGACGGCCGGCAGUCGGUGUUUGAGGUGGCCCUGUCUAGAGAUGGCGUGUUUGAUGACAGCCAGGAAGGAUCCGCUGCAAGCUGUGUCGUCAGCAUCCGUGCAUAUCAAUGUGUGACGCAUAAAGGUGUUUGUCUUUCUACAGCAAGAUAUACAUCUCUUGUAUAUCAUGGGCUCCUUACACAGAAUUAGCGAGGGAAGUGGCCGACCAUAGAACUGGGCUUCCUUCUGGACACCUUCAGGCAGAGGCUGACAGUUUAUGACGUCACAAAGAAGGGGGAGAUAACCAGUGUGGACCAGAUCGGGGACGUGGAAGAGUUCACUCCCCAGUUCGCUGUGUUUGCUCCUAAGAAUGGAACUGUAAAGUUGGCAUUGAUCACUGGCGUAGGGUUAAAAAUGUCCGAUAAAACCACAGCAAUGUUGAAGAAGGACAUCGAGGAACUAAAUCAUUGAUGGCUGUCACUAAUCCUUCACACACACACACACACAGACAGAGAGAGAGAGAGAGAG